UACACAGCGUGACUGUCAAUGACAUCCCGACUAGCAUAGGGCUUUCAUAAGUGAGGUAGUCCUGUUUUCAGAAAGGAUUUAGGAUGUCGUUAAGCUUCUUUUUCAGAGCAAUUAGGACAGAAGUUUCAAAGGUCAGUGUUGGCCAGCAUGUUCAUUCCUUACACACAAGCUGCCAGCUUCUGGCUGCUGAUAAAGCCCUCCUGAUGAAACUACGGAAAAGCACCGGCUACACCUUCACUAACUGCAAGAAAGCCCUGGAGAAGUUUGACAAUGACAUAAAACAGGCAGAGUCCUGGCUGCAUGAGCAGGCCCAGAAGGAGGGCUGGAGCAAAGCAAACAAGCUUGAGGGCCGGAAGGCUAAAGAGGGUCUGAUUGGCCUGUUUGUUGGAGAUAAAGCUGCAGUUAUGGUGGAGGUUAACUGUGAGACAGACUUUGUUGCCCGUAACGAGAAGUUCCACCAGCUGGUGAAGGACGUGGCGUUUGCCACCUUGGCUCACAACCAAAAUAAAAUCAAAAGCCAGACAGGAUAUAUGAAGAGUUUGCUUACAGGUGAUGAAUUAUCUAAACUCAGUGUGGCUGAAGGAGCUUCACUGGCUGACCAUGUGGCCCUCACAAUAGGUCGUCUGGGUGAGAACAUGGCGGUGAAGCGGGCGGUGACAGUGGGUGUUCCUGCUGAGUGGCACAUCGGCUCAUAUGUGCAUGGCGGUGUGGCUGGCCAGACCGACGUGCUCAUGGGGCGGUAUGGUGCCUUGGUGGUAUUCCAGGGUGGAAAGGAGGGAGCUCAAGAGGUUUUAGGACGCAAGCUGGGACAACACAUUGUGGGAGAGGCGCCUCUGUCCCUGGGCAACAUGGAUGACCUGCCCUGCGGUGAGAGUGAGACACGCUUGCUGCCCCAGACCUUCCUACCAGACCCCAGCAGGACGGUGGCACAGUUCCUCAGGGGACAAGAGGCCCGAGUGCUGGACUUUGUCCGAUUUCAGUGUGGCGAGACAGCCAGUGAAGGAGCAGAAUGAAAAGAAGGAGACUGUUUAUCUGAAAGUGAUUCAUCAUGUGUCUGUAUUUCCAAGGAGGAUGAAGCUGUUCAAUCUAAAUCAUACUCACAGCCAUGAUGAAUUUGUGAGCUGAGUAUGUACUAGGCCUGCCAACACACUCAUGCUGUGUGAUGAAAUGAACUUCCCAACAAUAAAAUUUUGCUCAGCUGUGA